UAUUAUGUUAUUAAUGUCCAAUCCAGAUCCAGUUUAGACUUGGCUCCGUGUUUUGUGAGCAGCCCCCAGUGCUUGAUCCAUCCCUGCGCUUUCUUCCCGCUCAAAGCCGAUCUUGCUGCAGGGAGGAGCGAACUGAGUGCAGUCGAGCUGAGCCGAGCAUCACAGCCCGCAUUCAAGGAAACAGGCGAACACUGCACUUUUUAAUUUGACUUCCAUAAUGUUGUAGCAUCCUUAGAGCACUCCUAUUUAAAAAGAAGAGCUUACACAUCUUCCAUGUGGACCCUUUAAUGGAGGCUGUUUGUCUUUGAGAAGCUGGGAAAUCUCUGCCCAGUCAAGGGAGACCCCCUCAAUUGUUUCUGCGCCAAGAACUGUAAAAGACAUGGUCAUUACAUCGCAUCUGUGAUGAGCAUCAAUCUGUGAGUGUGAGAGAGUGUCAGAGGAUGCACCUGAUCUGCAAGGCCCAGCGCUGAGGGAGGUCCACAGAGCCCAUCAUGUCUCACCACCACCACCACCAACACUACCACCGCGUCCCCCACGGCCGUACCAUGAGCUCUGAGGAGAGGAGCUCCACGCCGAGCAACAAGAGCUCCACGCCAGUUCACAAGAGCGCCUCCUCAUCUUCCUCCUCUCAGAGAGACAGCCGGCAGGAGGCAGACAGCUGGGAAAUCAUUGAGGGGCUGAAAAUCGGUCAAAGCAACGUCCAAAGGCCUGAUAAGCACGAGGGGUUUAUGUUGAAGAAGCGGAAAUGGCCCCUGAAAGGCUGGCACAAGCGUUUUUUCGUUUUGGACAAUGGUAUCCUGAAGUACUCAAAGUCCCCCAUUGAUAUCCAAAAAGGCAAACUACAUGGCAGCAUCGACGUCGGCCUCUCAGUCAUGUCCAUCAAGAAGAGGGCGCGUCGCAUCGACCUGGACACGGAGGAGCACAUCUAUCACCUGAAGGUCAAAUCUCAAGAUAUCUUUGAUGCCUGGGUGUGCAAGUUGCGUCAUCACCGGCUUUACCGACAGAACGAGAUUGUGCGAUCUCCCCGGGAGGCUACCAUGCGAACGUUUCCUCCCCCGGCUGCCAUGGAGUCCCCACAACCUGCCUCAAGUGUGGUGCGUGAAGUAAAGCAGGCUAAACCUAGCAGUUUGCCAUGGCCACCGGUUGCCCCAAGCAGCAGCAGCAACAACAGCCUCCCCGCCUCCUACAGUAACGGACAGAGCAAGGUGGCUGCUUGGCUGCAGGAAUCAGAGGAGAUGGACAAGUGUGCAGAGGAGCUUGCACGAUGCCAGACCAGCCUGACUGAGCUGAGCCGGUUACUGCAGAGUCUGGAAAUCCUACAAAGGACACAAUCAGCGCCCAACUUUACAGAAAUGCAGACCAAUUGUGUAGAAAUGUCAAAGAAAGAAAAGCGCUUGAACAGAAGAUGGAGAACAAAAAGUGUCGGCAAAGACGCAAAAUUCCAGCUCCAGGUCCCUCUGUCUGCCAGCAUGUCCCCUGUCCGCCUCCACUCAUCCAACCCAAACCUCUGUGCGGAGCUGGUCGACUUCCAGCCUCCCGUCUCCCGGCUGACUGACAGUGUAGAGUGCGCCGGUGAUUACAUUAAACUUCAGGAGGAUUUCUGCACCAUCGCUCAGAAAGUCCACUCUCUGCUGAAGUCGGCUUUCAACACGGUGGCCAUCGAGAAAGAAAAGAUCAAACAAAUUCUGUCAGACCAGGAGCAGACGGAUCAGUCAGCACAGAUCAACUCUCUCAGGAAGUCUCUGUCACAGGCCCUGACCCAAAAUGCAGAACUUCGUACCAGACUGAACCGCAUCCACUCUGAGUCCGUCCUGAGUGAGCAAGUCGUCAGUGUUAACAUCAUCUCCACGCCUGAUGAGGAAGGGGAACAGAUGGGGAUCCCUCUGACUCAGCAGGCCUCUAAUGAGAGCCGACUCUCCAUGUCGGAGUCUGUCUCGGAGUUCUUUGAUGCCCAGGAAGUGCUUCUGUCAGCCAGCUCGUCGGAGAAUGAGGGCUCAGACGAUGAGUCAUACGUCAGCGACGUGAGUGAUAACAUUUCCGAGGACAACGCCAGCGUGACCGAUAACGUCUCCAGACAAAUGGCAAAUGGAGACUUUGCUGGCAGCGCCUUCCGUAACGGUCGGCGCCCCUGCCUGUCGGCCCCGUGUCCCGACACCAGCAACAUCAACCUCUGGAACAUCCUGAGAAACAACAUCGGCAAGGACCUGUCCAAAGUGUCCAUGCCUGUGGAGCUCAACGAGCCCCUCAACACCCUGCAGCGCAUGUGUGAAGAGCUGGAGUACAGCGAGCUGCUGGACAAGGCCGCUGAGACCGAGGAUCCUUUUGAACGCAUGGUUCUCGUCGCUGCUUUCGCUGUCUCAGGCUACUCAUCCACGUACUACAGAGCAGGAAGUAAGCCAUUUAACCCGCUACUCGGAGAGACGUAUGAAUGUAUUCGGGAAGACAAGGGCUUCUGUUUUUUCUCAGAACAGGUGAGCCACCACCCGCCCGUCUCCGCCUGCCACUGUGAGUCAAAGAACUUCACCUUCUGGCAAGAUGUGAGAUGGAAAAACAAGUUUUGGGGGAAAUCGAUGGAGAUUUUACCGAUUGGGACCGUUAAUCUCACGAUCCCCAGGUUUGGAGAUCACUAUGAAUGGAACAAAGUCACCACAUGCGUGCACAACAUCCUCAGUGGACGGCGGUGGAUCGAACACUACGGAGAGAUCACCAUCAGAAACACAAAGAGCAGCGCCUGUCUCUGCAAACUCACCUUCAUUAAGGGAAACUACUGGAGUUCAAAUGUGAACGAGGUUCAAGGAUUUGUGAUGGAUCAAGAGGGGAAAGUGAUCCACAGGCUCUUUGGGAAAUGGCACGAGGGUCUUUACUGUGGAGUCCCACCUUCUGCCAAAUGCGUCUGGAGGCCAGGCUCCAUGCCCACAGACUAUGAGCUGUACUACGGCUUCACCAGGUUCGCCAUCGAACUGAAUGAGCUUUGCCCCGAGUUGAAAGAUGUUCUCCCUCGUACAGAUGCCAGAUUCAGACCUGAUCAAAGGCAUCUAGAGGAGGGAAACUUAGAGAUGGCAUCGUCAGAGAAGCAGCGGAUUGAGGAUCUGCAGAGAACCAGGAGGAAGUGGAGAGAGGAGAACGAGGUCAAACAGGAGCCUCGCUUCUUCAAGAAAGUGGUGGAUGCCAAUCACCGGGAGAGGUGGGUCUCUAACAACAUGUACUGGGAGCUGCGCAAAAACCCCGGCUUCAUCAACAUGGAACCGACAGCGAACCUGUGGUAGCACAUGGGGGACACCAUGUCCGUCAUACCAUCAUAUCAGAAAAGAAAGCAGUUAACCUAUGCACAACAAUGUGUUGGGAGACACAUGCUAAUGAAAAGACAUCUGUGUGCAUGGACUGCAGAGCUGCAGGAUGGACAGACACCCAGCAACACUGUCGAGGCUUUGUGGCACUGCCACAAGAUCAUCCAUCCAUGGAAACAUCCGGAAGGAUCAACUUCAUUGUGUUUGUGGAAGCUGGGUUGUCAGGGUGACAACGGUACCACUCCUCUGUAGAUCUCUCCUCAGCUCCUUUGACUUUUGAUUAUGUCCUUGCCUUAAAAAAAAGCCGAACAAGUCACACAAUCUAGCGCUUUGUUAGUCUAAGCCAUUUGAUUUCUAACGGCAGUUUGGGUUAGAUUAGUCUAUAAAUGUAGACUUUUGAUUACCUAUGAUAUCAUGCAUGUUUAGAGAGCAGCUUUCACCGGCAUCAAGCCGCAUUUACUAUAUCAUUAAUUAUUGUAGAAAAAAAAAGAGAUAUUUUUAUAAAAUAUCCUGGACUCAGAAUUUAGUGAAUAGCAUUAUGUGAAUUGGCAGAUUAUAUUUAUUUUUGCCUUUUAAUACUGUUGGAUCUAUGUGUUAGCAGUGCUCUCUCUCUCGGGAAACCACUCAUUUAAAAUUAAUCUGGGCUGCAGUGGAGGAAGUACGGUGUCCAUAGAUGGAAUUUUUAAUGAACGCUCUGAAGCUUUCAGAGCCGAUCAUGUGGUACACUGAGAGGUGGGAUUAAAAUGAAAAUCCUACUCUGCUGUUUUGGACAUGUGAUCAAGACACACCUACAACAGUUACAGUCAUCUUUUUUUAAAUCGUCAUAAACACAGAUGAAUCACAGGGGUUCAGUUUCUCCUCAGUGGAAUAAUGUGUAAAUAGAAGGAGACCCUCACCAGCCCCGCCCCUCUGUCUAAUUUUAAACUUUGUUACACGAAACCGUCUCCUCUGACUCACAUGGUUACAUAAAUACACACAACUCCCUCCUUAUAUAGUGGGCACACAUGCUGUCUGUCUGACUGUGAAGCAGAAAAUUGCUUUUGUCUCGGUGAAGUUGUGAAUUGUCACAAAGAAUUGGACCCAGUUGAAGGUCUAAGAAAAGAUUGUGUUGGAGGUUGGAGCGAUUGUAAAAACCCACUGAGACAUGAUUAGUUUCAAAAAUAAGACUUGGUGGGACCACUUGAGGAAAAAUGUCAUAUUUACAGUUUGAGGCUCAUUUACGGUGUAUCAAGCUACACAAAUCCAAACCUGAAGAUGUAAUCCUUUCCAAAACGACAGAAAUUGACUUCAUUAGAUUUUAUUUUCAAUUACUCAGUACCUUUACAGCCUUGAAAAAUCCAAAGUAAUGUCUUAAUUAUUUAUUUGUUCCAACUUAUAAUCAAAACUUAAACUACAGGGAACACUGAAAGUAACUGUUCUCAUCUGUGAGACUCUUACCAACAUCUGUUUGGUAUUUUUCAUCUUAAAUUAGCGAUUUUAUUAAUCGAAAUAACAAAUGAAAUCCUGUUUUUUUUCCUAUACAUAUAACAGUUUAUUAUGUCAGCACUCCAAUGAGUCACACAGCCACAGUCAUACGGUUACUCCAUUAUGAAACAGAAGAGCCACCUACAGGUUGAAACAUGUAAAUGCAGUUUCUGGAUACCACAGAUGAUGAGUUUUAAGAUGUGAAAGCCAAACAAGCUUGUGCAGUAAAAUCUAACUGCUUUAAUGAGUCUGAUUCCUCAGAGAAUUUACUGCUAGAGUCUGGGCUUCUGCAGAGCACCAGUUACUUUUUUGCAGUUUGUGUAUUUAUUGCAAAGCAGAUAGCUUUAAUGUUUUUAAACCCGUGUCCCGAUUCUAUGUUACAGACUAAGAAAACAUGACAAGGGGCUUUUGAUCAAAAUAAACCAGAUCAAACUUAUACUUCCUGUCAUCCAUUCAGGACUGCAGAGUGAGGAUACAAAGGGAGAAAAAAGGUGAAUAUAAAUAUCCAUCCUGUGUGCACUGUUUGUAUGGUACUGUAGAUUACAAACCAAAAAAGGUAGUACUGCUUUGCAUCCAUAUACUUCUUUUUUUAAAUGUACUGUAGUGCUUUUGAUUUUCUCUCCAUCACAAACUCAAUGCUACAACUCAUCAGUUUCACUUGCUGUGCCUUAAUGCAUUUAUCAAUGCCUCACAAAAACACUACUGAUUAGAAGAUACGUCAUCAACAAGGCAAACAUUUCACAUUAUCCAGUCUCCACCUGCUUCAAUCACAGGGAAAGAAAGAGUUCAGUGUGAAGAGGAUGACAAAAUGUCUUGGCUUGAGUUUUUAAAGAAAAUAUCUCGGACAUCAGAAGAGAAAAAAAAAAGUUUGUUUGACUGUAAAAUGCUUGCAGGGUUAAAAGAUGUUCUGCACCGCUCUGCUUCUCUAACAUCACUGUAAAUACAGCACAUUUAGAAGAUGGGUCACUACUACAGAGGCUGAUUCCUUUUCUUCCUCCUACAUCAUUUUAACAAGACUGAAUCACAGCCGCUGUGUGUGGAGGUUGGGGCGAUGCUUUGUUUGAUCUCAGAGUCAGACUGUAGUGAAAAUAAAAAUACAAACCUCCUCAUGCUUUCUUCAUCUAUUGUUCUACCUGCAUGUCUAGACAACUUAGCCUGCCAAUGAAUGUUGCAGAUGCCUUACAAAAAAAAAGGUUUUGUGUUCUCAAUUGGGGCUCUCAUAUUUUUGGGUUUCUGGACUGACAUGUAUCACUCAGCACUGUGUCAGCUCUCUUACUUUCAAAUCGAUUUCCUAAAGGAGACCUUCUAAAGUGCAAUUUUAACAAAGUACAUAUCUUUCCAUGAACACAGUACACUGCUGCUAUAUAGUGCUUGUUCUAAUAAAACUGUAAAACUCAA